GACGCGCCGCCCCGCCCGCGCCGGGCUUGAGCGCCGGGGAAGGUGGCGGCGGGCGGCGGUGAGCGGGGUCCUGGCGGCUCGGGAGGGAACGGGCCGCGGCGCGGCUGCGGGGCCCCGCGGGCAGGCUGGGAAUGGAGUGCAUAAUUUGGAUAUCAGCAGUAGGACAUCUUAUCAAAACAAAGCAUCUGUGGGACUGUUGUCAAAUGAAUGACUUCUAAGUGCAGGAGCUGUUAGGCCGGAAACAAGUGCUACAAGAUGCCAAGUGAGGUGCUUGAGAGUGGCAGUGGGCUGGAGGACACAGUGCAAAAAGAGAGCAAAUCUGGAAGUCACAGCCCUUGCCAUGGAUCUUUGAGGAGGGCUGUGGCAACCACUGUCACCUUCGAUGGAGAAGCCACUAUGGACCGGAGGAAAAAGAAGAAGAAAGAGUCCCGUCCUGAGUCAGUAAUAGUAUAUAGGUCAGAGAAUGAGAAUAAAGUGGAAGAGGAGCAAGCAGAUGAAGAAGGAGGGGAAAGGAGCUCUGAAGAAGGCUCCAAGUUCUUGGGUCAGUCCAUGACUGAUGGUGUCUGGAACAUGCCUUCAGACAGCCGAUAUGUCACGUUGACUGGAACAAUCACCAGAGGAAAGAAGAAGGGUCAGAUGGUGGACAUCCAUGUCACGCUAACAGACAAAGAGCUGCAGGAACUGGCUAAGUCAAAGGAACCUCCUAAAGAAAGUGUACCUGAGAAGAAAAAAUGUGAUGUUGGGUUGGACAGAGGACCUCACAUUGUCCUCUGGACCAUCAUCUGCCUCCCCAUCGUUUUUGUAGUAUCCUUCGUGGUUUCAUUCUACUAUGGAACCAUUACAUGGUACAACAUUUUCUUGGUGUACAAUGAAGAGAGGACCUUCUGGCACAAAAUCACCUUUUGCCCCUUUUUGAUCAUCUUCUACCCAAUUAUAAUCAUGGUUCUGUCUUUUUCCCUAGGCCUGUACUCAGCUGUGAGCCAGGUAUCAUGGUCCUUUGGGGACUGGUGGCAUGCUGUCAGGGAUAUGGAGAAGGGCUUCUGUGGCUGGCUCUGCAGCAAGCUAGGUUUGGAAGAUUGUUCUCCGUACAGCAUUGUUGAGCUGCUAGAUUCUGACAAUAUCUCAGGUAGUCUCUCUGGCAAGAGCUCUGCACAAGGGGUUGAUACUUCAGCAGUCUGAGCCUUUGUCCUGGCUGACUAUUUUUGUCAUAUGUGAGUGGUUUUCAUCUAGAAAAUGACACUGAUUUUUUAUAAAUAUAUAUAUUUAAAAACAAAUAAAACACUGGGCUGGGAGUGCUCUUUAAAUGUCACAGAAUGCAAGUGUGCUAGCUUCAUGUGGUCUGGGUGGGGAGGUGCAUGGUUCUCCAGUGAUUUGUCAUCUAUUUUAGCUAAUAACAGCUCUGGGGAAUAGUGAGAAAAUCCAGGUCUGUGGAGCUUGGGCUGUUUUGGGGUGGCAGAUAUGAGCUGAAAAGUCCCCUUCAGUAAAGUUAGACAUCGCUUUUAGGGGGAAAAAAAAAAAAAAAACAAAAAAAACCAAAAAAACAAACAACAACAACAGCAACAAAAACAGGGACCUCCUGACCCAGUGAAGUUUCUACCCAGGGGAGAUAGGAACUCAUCCAUAGGUGAAGGCUAAAUUGCAAAAUAUGUGAUAUUCCUGCAGUUUUCCUAGAAAGGGGCCUUUUUCAGUCAUUCAAAAAAAUACAACAAACCUUUCAGGUAGGCUAAUUUCUGAGAUAGCAUCAGUUUGAAAAAACAGCACUGCAACAGUUGUGCCCAAUCUUUCAGUGGGAAAGAACAGCAUAGCCUCUAACAAAGGCACAUGAGAUCUUUGCUGACCUGCAACCAUGUACAGUGGAGGGCUUGCUCAAUAAUGCGUUGUGUAGGGAAUGGACAAGCAUAUCACCAAGCACCUUCAGGUGACUGUAGGUAUGCAUGUAUGUCCUUAGGACACACCUGACUUUGUUAGGUGCACUCCUGAAAGAGAAUGGGCUACAAGUCUUAUGCAAGGGAACACCUGGGUAUGCCAUGAAAACAGGGAAAAAAACACUUGCUCUGAGGAAUGUGAUCAGUUUGGGUGUCACUGCAGUGUAUGUGUUGACUGGUGGCACCUAUUUUUUAUGGAGGUGAAGCUGAAAGUUGCUUGAGAUGAGGAAGGUCUCACUGAAAAAGUCACUCUUGUUUUCAAGUUGCCUUUAUGGAGGAGAUGCUGAACCAUUCAGUUCAGAAAGAGAAUGACCCUGAACAUGCAGAAUGUCCCUGUUAGUGCCAGUGUAAAUUGCAUUAGUGCCUCAGCUCCAGAAAUCUGCCUCACCACACCCUGCUUCCUCGUUAAUUACAUGGAAGAGCAAUAAAUUGUACAUCUUCUUCCCCUCAUGUCUCACUUUCAUAACUGAUUUCCCUUCUUUUGGGAAUUUGCUUAGCAUCUUAGUGGGCUCCUAGGCCAGGCUGAGGUGGUCAAUAGGCUGGAGAAAUUUUAAUAGUCUGUUUAAAAAAAAUCACAAGCAGAAAAGUUCUUUCUUUGGACCGCACUUGACUGUUGAAGUUUUGGCCUAGGGAGUGCACAAGGGAACUGAAGGAGAGGAUUAGUGGACUAUAAUGGGAAUUGAGUUACAUAUGUGAAACAUUGCAAAGUUCCUGAGCACUCUAGUUCAGCUGGUGCUGCUAGAAAGUCUGGCUCAGCCCCAACCCAGAAGGGCCCACAAUUUGCAUGUGUGUAGGUAGGUAAUUUAUUAGUGUGCAGUCCAUGUAGGCUGUACAGUCACUGAUGUCUGUAUCAGUUUCACUACCGCAGUCUCCCUACCAGAGGGGGAGCUGCUCUAGUUGUUAGGUGUCUAAGAGAAAAAUUUAGAAAUGGGAUGUCAAUGUCACAGGAGUUAAUGCUUUGUGUUGCACUCAAUGGAUGAUCCUACAGCUACACUGGCUGGCUGUCCCGUCUAGGACGUUAGGCAAUGUGAUGGAUAAACAAGUCCUUCUGAUGCUCUAGGCCUGAUAUUGAGAAAUAAUGCAUCCUUGGUCUGGGAGGUCCAGCCAAAGCAACCUCUUUAGCACUGGUUUGAGAAUUACCAGUGUGAGCAGUGUAUAAGUCAAAUAUCAAGAGGGGGCUUGGCCCUGUGCUUUACUGACAAACCAGAGGUAUUCUUGGGCUGAAGUACAGCCAGGCUGCUUGCUGCUUUCUGAUGCACAACUCUCAGUUUUUACUGGCUGAGUCUCAGGCAGUGAAGUACCUGUGAAGUACCUUUCACAGGGCUGUUUCAGUUGGUGAGCUUGAUAUGCCCCUGAAUUAAUGGAGAAGCUUAGAAUAAGCAGUGCAAGUGCCAGCAGUCUCUAGUGACCCAGCACAGCCACUGUGUUUAAUACUCCUCCCCAUGGAAAUAGCAGGCUCCCACAUGGCUGGAGAGUGGUAAGAAGUGAUGCUUAGCAAGCAUUAAUGGGGAGGAAGGUUCACUGGCAAGUAUUCUUGCUCUCUGACUGGAGGGACACUGCUGGUGUGAAAGAAGUGGAUUGUGCUCGUUUGCCCCCAUAUGUGGCAAACAAGUGGGGAAAGGAUGCCUGGCAAGCAUGUAUUACUGAAGAGGGAGAAAACCCAAUUCAGCUGUCACUGCCAAACAGCAGCUGUUCAAGGCUAGACGAAAGGCUGGGGUCAGUAGCACAAAGAGCCUUCAGCUUACAGAGGACUUGAAUGAUAAAUACUAGCUAGUUACAGAAUACAACUAUGUGAAAUGUCUGCUGAGCUGCAGGAUUUGCUUUCAGGCUUGCAAACAGCCUGUGAAAGUGGAGACAAAACCAAAUCUGUGCCUCUUCCUGCUAUGUAAACACAAAGGAGCACCAGAGAAGUUGUAUUGCCCUCCCUCUGCCAUGGCAGCUGUGCUUCUGGGUACAGUGAAACCAUUCGGGGGCUGUCUUUUUGAAGAUAUUCUUGAAUAAUUAAUCAUGUGUUUUCUACUUUAUUACAUUUAACUAAGCUUGCCUCAGCUCCUGCUGAAAUCGGGGUGUUCUGCCACUGAUUUUAAUGGGAUCUAGUUUAAGCUUGGUGUUAGUUCUGGUGCUAUUCUUAAAAGUUUGAAUAAAACUUUUCUCAAAACAACUCUGGAUAGCUUUCUCUCUUGCUUGCUAUCCCCAGAGCUGUUUGCCUGCUGCAAAAUAUAUAAUCACUAUCACUUGUUGUAAUAGAAGAAAGCACAAGUUUUUGUCUUGUUCUACCUUUGCUUUCAGAAACUCAAAAAUAAUUUCUGCUUAUGUGCCACUGCCAAACUGCAGGGAAUUCCAGUGAUUCUGAUUGUUGAGUGUGUUUCUGGCUGCUCUAGUCUGAAAUUUUAAGUAAAGAUAGCGUGUGUUUGCUGAUUGUUAUUUUUAAUUGCAUUCCCUUUUCCCACCCUUGCUGGCCUGGGUGGAGAAUAAAAAUGUAUAUGGCUUAGAA